AUGUCUUGGGGCGAGAGACUACGCGUGCCUCAGACGAGUCCAGGGAACAGAUGGAUUAAUUAUGAUAUCCGACCCAUUGAAUCAUCUAGACGAACCUGGGGAUUCUUGACUUUCAACAACUUCUGGAUACUCAUCAAUCUUAGUAUCCCAACCUAUCUAACUGGUAGCGCCUUGAUACCAUUGGGCUUGACCUGGUGGCAGGCGAUCAUCUGCAUCGUCAUUGGCAAUAUCCUUGCGACAAUCUUCCUCGUUGUCAAUUCUCUUCCUGGGGCUUACUACAAUCUCGGCUUUCCUGUUGUGAAUCGAUCUGUAUGGGGAAUGUGGGGAUCCCAAUUCCCCAUCUGGAAUCGCAUCUUCCUGGCUUUGGUAUGGUACGGCUUCAACUCUUGGGUAGGCGGCGAGUGUGUCUAUGUGAUGUUACAGGCCAUGGACGUAAACAUAGAACGACACGUCAAGAACACCAUGCCGGCCGGUAUGGGCGUAACAACAGCACAGUUUAUCGCCUACAUCGUAUUCUUCGUCGUAUGUCUACCCGUGGCCUUGAUACGACCACACAAAUUGAACAAAUUCAUCCUCGUUACCAGCGCAAUCACGGUGGUGUUCUUUCUCGCACUUCUCAUAUGGGCACUGGCGACGAUGGGGCCAGCGGGGUUUGGAGAUACUAUCAGCGGCGGGACUGGAAUUCCCAAGACUGGAGGUUCCAACAGUGUAGCGUGGUUAUCGGUGUACGGGAUCGUUUCGACAAUCGGAUCCAUCGCAGCAGGAAUCCUCAGCCAGAAUGACUACGCGCGAUUCGCCAAACGGCCCAGACAUGCAAUCGCAGGCCAGGCUUUCUCGUUCCCAUUCUACAGCAUCAUCUGCUCCGUCAUCGGCAUUCUCGUCACGGCCGCCACACAGCAUCGAUUCGGCGGAGAAGCCAUCUGGAGCCCACCUUUGCUGCUCUCCCGCCUCAUCACCGAGAACCCUACCGCAGGCACACGAGCAGGUACAUUUUUCGCAGGCUUGGCUAUCACUCUGUCCCAGAUCGGCUUGAAUGUCCCCGGAGGUGCUCUCAUUGGCGGCUUUGACCUCGCCGCGACGUUUCCAGAAUACAUCAACAUCCGCCGAGGGGCAUACAUCGUGAUCUUCACGAGCAUAGCGGUCAAUCCUUGGAAGCUGGUCAGCACACCCACCGUCUUCCUCACGGUUCUUUCCUCCUACUCUGUCUUCUUGGCUCCGAUGACUGGAAUUAUGGUCGCGAGUUACUUGGUCGUGAACAAACGAAAACUCAAUACUGAUGAUCUGUACCGCAGCGAUAAAUCCGGGAUCUACUGGUACACCUUUGGCGUCAAUUGGCGAGCACCGGUGUCCUGGAUCGUCGGCAUCGCACCCAUAAUGCCAGGCUUCGUAGCCUCCGUCAACAAAUCAAUCUCAAUUCCCGACAGUCUCAUUCAAUUAUACUUCAUGAGCUAUAUAUACGGUUUCUUCUCCAGCGCGGUCGUGUACGUGGUACUGCACGUCGUUUUCCCAGCGCCAUCGCUGGACACGUUCGUCAAGAGCGAAGCAUCGGCGACGGAAACUAUACAGAAAUCGAAAGCGAACUGGGAGAACUUGGAUUACCGUCCCUGGGCGGUAGGUGACAGGGAUGAUGAGGAAGACGAUGCAAGUCAUGCGCAAUUUUUCCAGGGCAUAAGUAAAGAACCGGCGGCGGGAGUUGAUGCACCGUCUGGAUCUCCUGGGUCGUCUGGAUUGUCUUGA